AUGAAGGGAUAUAUAUUGUUGAUAUGGGUAUGCUGCAUUGUAGCAUGUAGUCAAGCUGCAUGGGUUCGUGUAUGGGAAGAUAAUUUUGAUUGGGAUGGUGGUAUUGAUCGUAAUAAAUGGGAAUACGACGUUGGUGGUCAUGGAUGGGGAAAUAAUGAGGAACAAUUUUAUACAGAAAAUCGAUUAGAAAAUGCUCGUUGUGAACGUUUUCCAGGUAGUCCAAAUGGUCGUUUGAUUAUUGAAGCACGUAAAGAAUCUUAUGGUGGUCGUCGAUUUACUUCAGCUCGUUUGAAGAGCAAAGCUAAAUGGACAUAUGGUCGUUUACAAAUUCGUGCUUUACUUCCAACUGGUCGUGGUCUGUGGCCAGCACUUUGGUUGUUGCCUGAAAGACAAGUUUAUAGUAAUGCCUAUUGGCCUGAUAACGGUGAAAUUGAUUUAAUGGAACAAGUUGGUUAUGAUCCAUUACGUAUUCAUUCAACAGUUCAUACAAAAGCUAAUAAUCAUAUGUUAAAUAAUCAUCCAAGUAAUUCUGUUAUUGUUGGUGAUGCUACAACAAAUUUUAAAAUUUAUACACUUGAUUGGAAUGUUGAUAAAAUUGAAAUGUUUGUUGGUGAUGAAGGUAAUCCAUUUCACACAAGAAUUUUUGUUUGGAAUAAACAUGGAGAUUGGACUACAUGGCCCUUUGAUCAACCAUUUUUUGUCCUACUCAACAUUGCUGUUGGUGGUUUCUGGGGUGGUGCACAAGGCAUUGAUGAAAAUAUUUUUCCACGUCGAAUGGAAAUUGAUUGGGUUUACUAUUAUCAAUGGCGCUAA